AUUACCCUAACGAUCCAACGGACCCCAACACCUCUCCACCUCCAGCUCUGCAACUCCCACCAACAUUCCCGGAGCUCCUCCUUUCCCGGCCGUUUUCCCUAUCCUGUCAUUCACCUUUCCAACCAAUACGCUCCAAAUCCCUCCCCCUCGAGCCGUAUUAUCCGAUUCCGUGUAUAAAAAACUUUUCCCUUCCAUUUGGUCCAAUUUCCUUCGAGUUUGUAAUUCUUUUUCUUUGCUUUCUGUUAUUAAAUUUGUUGAGCCUCGAAAAAUUGUUGACUUGGUUCUUUUCAGCUGAAAGUUUUUUUAUUUUGGUCCAUAAUUUGUAUACUUAAGUUGCAUCUGCUCGGGCCUUAAAUCUUUUUCAGAAUUCAGUCUAUAUUUUCUAGGUUCGAAGUUUUGGAUUUGGUCUAUUUCGAUUUUAUAGAACUAGAGAGUUUAUUACUGUAAUUUGGGGAAUUUUCAGUAUAUCCAUAUAAUUUCACAGCUUGAAAAAUUUUAGACGUGGAUCAUUUUUUUCCCUGAAACUUAGUUAGAACUAUAUGACUUUCUUGCUUAAAAUCUGUUGAAUUGGGUCUAUUUCGUGUAAAUUUAUCAGAGAUCCAAUACUUGAUGGCUGAAAGUUGGUGAAUUUGAUCCAUUUUGUGGAGUUGCAUCAGACCCAGAAAAGUUUCAAGCUCAAAGUUGUUGAAUUGGGUCUAGUUUGUGAAGCUCAACCAGACAUAUACAAGGCGAAAAGGUCGAUGGCUGAUUCGGACAACGAAUCAGGGGGGCACAACAACAGCAACAGCGCGAACGGCGACUUCGCUUCUCGAGAGCAAGACAGGUUCCUCCCAAUCGCUAACGUGAGCAGAAUCAUGAAGAAGGCAUUGCCCGCAAACGCCAAAAUUUCAAAGGACGCUAAGGAAACCGUGCAGGAAUGUGUGUCGGAGUUUAUCAGCUUUAUAACUGGCGAGGCCUCGGAUAAAUGUCAAAGGGAGAAGAGGAAGACGAUCAAUGGGGAUGAUUUGCUGUGGGCGAUGACUACUCUGGGGUUUGAGGAGUAUGUGGAGCCGCUGAAGAUAUAUCUGCAGAAGUAUAGGGAGAUGGAGGGGGAGAAGAGCACGGUGGGGUCCCGACCAGGGGAAAAGGAUGGUGGCGGUGGGUCCGGUGGUGGUGGAGCCGCCGCGGGAGGUGGAGGGAGUGGUGGGGCGGUGAACUCGGCGAGUAGUGGUGGUGCUGGUGGGUUUAAUGGGGUUGGGGGAGUCUAUGGUGGGAUGUAUGGGGGGGUCAUGGGUGGUCAUCAUCAUGGACACAUGUACGGCUCUGGUGGGUUUCAUCAUGUGGGUGGUAUUGGUGGUGGUGUUGUCGGGAAAGAUGGUUCAGGCGGCGGCGGCGGUGUUGGAGGGUCCAUCGUGAGAUCAAGUUUCGACAGCUUCUUUCUUUCAGAAAGGGAGGGUUUGCAUGCAUGCAUGCAUGCAUAUUUCUUUUGGGGAACGCGGCAUGUGUCCAGAGUUUCAGCCAUUUGUCUCGAUGGUUACGUGUCUACUAAAUAGGGAGCUCUUUAGAUUGGCUUCUAUAUGUCAUGAAAUCUGUCGUUGCUUACCAUAUAUUUCUAUUUUAUGUUUUUCGUGCGGUGGGAGUACUGUAAGUUGGUUAGUACCGCUGUGAUUCAUUCAUUGUCUUGCAUGCUGAUACAUACAUUUAUGGAAUGGAAGGAUUUUGGGAAGUCAGA